ACCAGGCGUCCGUAUAGCCUCUCCAGAAAAACAACACGCGCUCAAUUUAGAUAUUCAGGAUUGAGUUCAUGGAAGUGAUAUCUGCACUUGUUUUUAAAACACACACCUCUAUGGAUCCUUUCGAUUUCGAUACCCGGAAACAAGGAUCAUAUGUCAUCAUAGUUGUCGGGUGAAAAUCAUGUCCAGCUCCCACGUUUGGAUUCCAUAAUAAUUUAUUCGGACCCUUAAUCGACAGAAGUAUUAUAGAGAGAAUUCAUCGUAUUACCGGUCGGAUUGUUGAUCACCUGAGUUGAGGAAUCUAUAGAGAAUAAUUCUACUAGUCUACUUCCGGACAGACAGGUAGAGGACGAUGGAAGACGGAGGCAGCUCCCCGCCUGAUCUGAUCAAGGACCAUGGAGAACCCAGUCAUGUUCUCACUACCCUAGUCCCUGGCAGAGGAGUGCUGUUCCCUUCAUUGCUCCUUCCUCCCUGCUCUACCCUCCUCCCUCCACAGGAAGACCUGUGGCAGCUACCUGGAAGACUACGUAUAAACCCAUCUCUGUGGGACAAGGAGGACGUGGUCCACUGGCUGCACUGGGCUCAGAGGGAAUAUUCUCUCCUCAGAACUGAGAGAGGACGGUUUGAGAUGAACGGCAGAGCUCUCUGCCUCCUCACCAAGGAAGACUUCAGACGCCGCUGUCCUGACUCAGGUGAUGUACUGUACGAGCUCCUACAGUGUGUGAAGCAGCAGAGAAGGGGGGUCUCCACAGGCCACACAACUCCACCUAUCCUGACCCUCACCAAGCCCCCUCUCAGUCUCACCAAACUCCCCUCUACUAAAUACACCCAGCCACCCCAAACCAAUGGAAGCCAGGGUCCCCAACCCCUAGGAGCCAAUGGAUCAACACAUGUGUCGAAGUGUCAUCCCACAAUCCCUAGCUCCCAGGAGGAGGAGCCUCUCAACCUGUCCAAUCAGGAGAGGACUGAGAGAGAAGUCCCACCUAGAGAGGCCAACGGCAAGAUCCCAGGUAACACACACACACACACACAGACCCACUGUAGCUCUCUCUCUCGCUCUCUCUCUCUCUGUGUAGACUGCAGGUUGCUGUGGGACUAUGUGUACCAGCUGUUGUCAGACCAGCGCUACCAGCCCUUCAUCCGCUGGGAGGACCAGGAGAGCCUGGUGUUCAGGGUGGUCGACCCCAACGGACUAGCUCGACUCUGGGGGAACCACAAGAACCGAGCCAACAUGACGUAUGAGAAGAUGUCUCGUGCUCUGAGACACUACUACAAACUCAACAUCAUCAAGAAAGAACCAGGACAGAAACUACUCUUCAGGUUCCUGAAGACCCCUCAGGAGAUCAAGCGACACAGAGUGGACCGUCUCGACUUAGCAGAUUCCCCUGAACACUCACCCUCACACUCACCCUCACACUCACCCUCACACUCACCCUCACACUCACCUCGGCGGGACUUCAGUGAGGAUGGUUUGGAGGUGUCUCCUGAAUACAGCGGCCCAAGCUCUAACACCCUAAGCAUGACGGUAUGAACACGGGUACUCCUGUGUUGAGGUAUUGGCUCUCUUGCACUGUGAAAUGGCUAUGUUUUUUGUGGCAGUAAUCUACAACCCACUGUGGAAUCUUUAUGGAGGUGCUGCGUAGCUAAUGACUAGCG